AUGGAGCUCCCAAGCAUCAACAUCUCCCUCUACGUACUCUUCCUUAGCUUAAUAAUUAGCAGCAUUUGGAAUCCCAUCUUGUCUUUACAAGAAUGCGACUUCCCUGCCAUCUUUAACUUUGGUGACUCGAAUUCGGACACCGGGGGCUUAUCUGCGACUAGAUUGUUGUUCCCUCCCUUUACUCUGCCUUAUGGAGAGACAUUUUUUGGCAGGUCUACGGGGAGGGAUUCUGAUGGACGCCUCAUCAUCGAUUUCAUUAGCCGAAGUUUUGGGCUGGAAUUUCUGCAUGCAUAUCUUGAUUCCUUGGGAGCCAACUUCUCGGAUGGUGCAAACUUUGCCACGUAUUCAUCCUCCAUACUACUACCUAUUAUAUCAAACCCGUUGCCCGGGGGAUACAGUCCAUUCUAUCUUAAAAUACAGUACGACCAAUUCCAAGAAUUCAAACGCCAAUCACAAUUCAUCCGACAAAAAGGUGGAAUAUUUGCAAGUUUGGUGCCCCAAGAAGAAUAUUAUUCAAAAGCUUUGUAUACAGUGGACAUCGGUCAGAAUGAUAUUGGAGAGCCAUUAAUUAAGCUUAACAGGUCUAUACAACAAGUUAACGCUUCUCUUCCUAAUGCCAUCAAUGACUUUGUUACACAUAUGAAGAAUUUAUACAGGUUUGGAGGGAGAUCAGUUUGGAUUCAUAACACAGGACCAAUAGGUUGCUUAAGUUUUUCUCUGGUGUCCGCUCCUUCGGCCGAGAAGGACAGUGUUGGUUGUGUGAAAUCUUAUAAUGAAUUAGCUCAGUAUUUCAACUCCAUGUUGAAGGAAGCUGUAAGGCAACUAAGGAUGAAUUUUUCAGAUGCUGCUUUCACUUAUGUUGACGUCUACUCUGUCAAGUACUCUUUGUUUCAAGAACCAAAAAAAUACGGAUUUGAGCGUCCGUUGGUAGCAUGUUGUGGCACUGGAGGCAUAUACAACUUUAGUUUUGUUCUUCGAUGCGGUCAAAAUAUGCUAGCUAAUGGCACACAAGUAUAUGUUGGUUCAUGUAAAAACCCUAAUGUUCGUGUGAUUUGGGAUGGUGAACACUAUACAGAAGCAGCUAACAAAUUUGUUUUCGAUCGAAUCUCAACUGGAGCAUUUUCAGACCCACCAGUUCCUCUAAGAUUGGCAUGCCACAAGACCACAGUGCCUAAGUAAGUCACCAUAUAUAUGUAUUUGCAAUAAGAGUCUUGCCUCCCAUCUCCACCUUUCAUCUAUAGGUGAGG